AUGAAGGAAUGCCAAGGACUCCACAAAGUCAACGGCAUUUCUGUGGCCACUGCUCCACAAGCGGCAUACUGCGCUUUGUCUCCCACACUGAGGAGUCUCUUGGUUUUGUUGGCAUACCACCUUGCCGGUGGUGCCGUCUCCUUUACGCACGUAGAGAUCUCCAUCUUCAUCGAACUCCACCACGGUACCCACUUCCCCGCAGGGAUAGCGCACUCAGUCCCCCGCGCUGAGGGUCUUGCUGCAUUUGCUGAUGUACCAGACGGCCUUGCGGCCGUGGUCAGUAGUCACGAUGAGGUCUCCAUCUUCGUCGAUGCCCGUGAUGUGCCCGCAGGUGUUGUCGGGGUAGGUUACAUAGUCACCGAUGCGGAAUGCCUCGCAUCGGUAGGUCACGGAUGCGACUACUGGAACCUCGGCUUUCACCUGGCAAGGAGUUGGCUGCACUUACGGAAGUAA